CUGCAUCAUGCUUCAUUGUCUCUCCUAAGGUUGCAGACAUAGAGAGAGAGAGAGAGAAUGGGUCUCAUCUCAAUGCAAUUCAGGUUCUGAAAACCAAAAGCUUCCCAUAGGUAGCUAUAAAUAAUAAAAUUCCCAGCUCAAGAACACUGAACUUGAUCCAGCCCAAGUCCUUUUGGGGUUAUCUGAGUGGAGGUUCCGGGGAAAACUUGUGCUAAGAUGCCAGGGAAACCUGAAACUGAUGAUUGGCGAGUAGAGCAUGGUGAGCAGAUUCAGUUUCAAUCUUCCAUUUACUCUCAUCAGCCUUGGUGGCAUAGAGUGAGGGAAAAUGCCUCCAAAUCAUCUUCAACAGAUCAGCUAAAUGGUUCAAUCAUGAAUGGUUUCACACUUUCAGAGACCAAUGAAGGCCUAUCUAAGGGAAUUGGUCUCAAUAAACAAAGGCAACCAAUGGUUUCUCCUUCACUGUCUGGAACUGAUAAAUCAGGUGGGGAUGUUGCUAAAGAGCACCAAAACAUCAAACAUGCCCUGUCCUCAACCCCUUUUACCAUGGACAAACACCUUGGUCCAAAUUCCCAGAUGAAACUUGUUGGUCAUUCAAUUGUCUUAACACCUUAUCCUUAUUCAGAUGCACAGUAUGGUGGAAUCUUGACUACUUAUGGGCAACAAGCUAUGAUAAACCCUCAGUUAUAUGGAAUGCAUCAUGCGAGAAUGCCUUUGCCGCUCGAAAUGGAAGAGGAGCCUGUUUAUGUCAAUGCAAAGCAGUAUCAUGGUAUUUUGAGGCGAAGACAGUCCCGUGCUAAGGCCGAGCUUGAAAAGAAAGUGAUUAAAGCUAGAAAGCCAUAUCUCCAUGAAUCCCGUCACCAACAUGCUAUGAGAAGGGCAAGGGGCAAUGGAGGCCGCUUUCUCAAUACAAAGAAGCUCGAAGAUAACAAUUCCGAUGCCACUUUAGAAAAAGGCCACAAUACUGGUGCAAACCCUUCAACAACCUCACCUACCGCUCAACAUUUGUUAACCAACAAUGAGAAUCUAGGCUCAUCAAAUGCGUCACAGUCCGGGGUUCAGGACAUGCACAAAGUGCUGAGUUUCAACAUUGGUUACCAUGAUGGUAAUGGUCGUACAACACUGUACCAUUCACAGUUAAAUGGAAGAAAUGAAGGAGACUGCUUUGGUAAAGAGAGGGAAAUCAUGCGCAUGCGUAUGCAUGGAGCCCCAAAUGGGGCUAUUAAAUAACACUUCCCUCUGAGUUGGUGGGGUUCCUCAGCCAUACAGCAAUAGUUAGGUGAAGAUGAAGGGCUUUGUCUCAUCCACUUGGAGGAAACCACCCUUAUGAUGUUGUAACUCGAAGGCAAUUCAUUCUUGGCUCAGUUAAUUAAAGUGGUGAGACCAGAAAGGAAGAUACAUGGUACACUCCAUGCCUUGUUUGGUCUCCCCUUGCUUCUGUUUCUUUUCACAAGUCCAUUUGUAAAAUGGAUGACAGAAAGAAAAGAAAAAACACUUUGGUUUGUUAACUUUUUCAAGUUAAUAUUUUAAUCUCGGUUUGAAGGUUCAUAAAACUGUUGACUGACUUGUGUGACAUAUACUCCACUAGAUCUUAAAACAUUACUCUCUUUUAUCCCAUCUCUCCUUCCACAUAUUAUCCUUAAUUGGUACUUAUAUACUACAUA